UUCCUGACUCUUCUGUAGCCAGAGAUGAGCCUGGAGAAAGCAGAGAAGAGAUCUUGAAGUUCACCGGGUGAAAAAGGACAAACCGAGACAUCGAGCCGGAUAAUGUCAAUUUGAUCUGGAGAUGGCUGAGGAGGAUCUCCGGGGUUCAAGCACCCCUUUCUCACUCUCCUUUUCGGGCAGUGGCUUUCUUGCCCUGUACCAGGUUGGGGUGGUGCAGUCCCUCCUGGAGCUGGCUCCCAAAAUCCUCAAGUCCGCGUGCAAAGUCUAUGGGUCAUCCGCCGGCUCGCUCAUUGCCGCCGCCGUGGUGUGCGGCGUCAGCAUCGAUGACCUAAAGGAAUUUUCCUUUGCCAUGGCAACGGAAGUCAGGAAAACCAUCCUGGGACCUCUCUCCCCCAAGUGCAGCUUGCUGGCGAAUAUCAAGACUGUUUUGCAGCAGAUGCUACCAGAGGACUCCUACCAGCUGGCUUCGGGGCGGCUGCACAUCUCGCUCACGCGGGUGGUGGAUGGCCAAAACGUGAUGGCCUCUGAGUUCAGCUCGAAAGAGGAGCUCAUUCAGGCUCUCCUCUGCAGCUGCUUUCUUCCUAUCUACUGUGGAUUCAUCCCUCCAUCCUACCGAGGUGUGAUCUUCAAUGGCAGCAUUCAGAUCUCAAUAGAAAACCUCUGCAGGAUUAGCUAUGCUCUCUUUCCACCUAGCACCAUGGUCUUGAAUGACAUUUUCUCCCAAGGGUACCAGGACACUGCCCUUUUCCUGUACAGAAACAAUGCCUUUGGCUUUAACUACUUUUACGGCAAUUUCCGCUUCGCCAGCAUGUGUGGGAGGAAUGACUAUGCCCAAUCCAAAAGGAUGUUCACCGGCCUAUGCAAAAGAUUACCGCAGUGUCUGGUUCCUUGCUUCCUGCCAG